UGAGGAUGCACUGCGAUGACAAUUUGUGGUUGGGCCGGCUCUGGGCUCAGCAGGGUUUGGAUUUGUUUCGGUUCAGAGCAGGAGCAGGAGCCGCUCCAGCCCCCCACGACUGGCGUGCUGGGGCACGCGGAGCUGUGCAGGCCGGCCGGCACAGCCCGGCGCUCCCCGUGCCGCGGCUGCCGGCAGGGAGGGAGGGAGGGCAGGAAGCGGCGCCGGGCCUUCCCCGGGCCUUCCCCGGGCCUUCCCAGCCCUUCCGGGUCGCGGGCGGCGCCGGCCGAGGGGCGGCGGAGCCGGGGCGGCCGCGGCCGCAGCGCGGAUAUGGAUAACAGGAAGGAUGAAAAAAGCAGGACGCUGUGUGCAACCUCAGAAGAAGGGCUGAAGGCCCGAGGAAAAGAAAAAAGGAAGCGAAAGCGCAGCAGAAGCAGAUCCUCAUCUGUUUCAUCCACAUCGUCUUCUAGCAGUACAUCCACUUCUUCCUCCUCAUCACGCUCAUCAUCAAGGUCAUCUUCUUCCAGUAGUAGUAGAGAUUCUCCUAAGUCUAAGUCAAAGAAAAAGAAAAAAGAAAAACAUAACAAAAAGAAAAGGAAAAAGGAGAACAAAAUGAAGAAAAAGAAGGAAAAGAAGAAAAGGAAAGAGAAAACAGGACCUGUCCAGCUUUCCAAGUUCUUCAAAAACAAAAAGAAGAAUGAAAACUACAGCAUGAUAACCGGAAAGAAAAUUAAGAUGAAAAUAAAGAAGACUAAGGAAGAUAUAGAGAGGGACCGGAACCGUGCCCAGCUCCUGGAAUUUCUGAACUCUGCCUUGUAACAGCAAGAGUCCUCACCAAGGACUGAUGGAUGUACCAAGCCAACUGUCAUCCUAGCAGAACACUAAAGAGAAACUCAGGGAAAAGGACACCAAGUUGGACAAGACCAGAUCCUCCUACUGAGAAGAAAAUUGGAAUGUCCUUUUUUUAAUGGCAGAACACCAGAGUAGCUAAUAACUUGUUAAUGGAGAUCCAUGUCCUCAUUUUGAGAUCCUAAGGUAAUAGAUUGGCUGUGGUGUUUUAGAAAAGCUCAAGUGUGUGUUGUUCACAAUGAUAAGAAAUGACACACUGAAGUCCAGCAAUGUAAUUUCUGUCUUAACUGCAUGCAGAAUGCACUCUUAAUUUCAAAUGUCUUAAUUUUUCUUGUAGUUUAAGCAGAGUAUUUGUAAAUGUUUAUUUUAAAGAUGAGGUGUUUCUUUUAUGUAUUUUUUUUCUGGUAGUGGUUAUGUGUAUCAUGAAGAGCAAACUGACCUUUGUAAAUAGAGCAUCCUUUUACAUAAAUGAUUUUUUUUUUGAAAGUU